AUGGCUAGUUUUGUCGUCGGACUGCGCCGCUUCCUGGGCGCUCUCGCACUCUUGCUUCUCGCUCAUCAAGCAGCGGCGGCAGAGCCACCCGCGUUCGUCGGGAGAAGUGGCUCCAAGUUGGUAGUCAACGGCUCCCCCUUCCUCUUCAACGGGUUCAACGCAUACUGGCUGAUGAACGUCGCGUCGGAGGACCAGGCGAAGGUCUCCAAGACCCUGAGCGACGCUGCGGCGGCCGGGCUCACCGUGUGCCGAACGUGGGCGUUCAACGACGGCGGCAACCCCUCGCUGCAGUCGUCGCCGGGGGUCUACAACGAGAAAAUGUUCCAGGGGCUCGACUUCGUCGUCUCGGAGGCCAAAAAUCACAGUAUCCGUCUCAUUUUGAGCCUGGUCAACAACUUCAAGGACUACGGCGGCCGAUCUCAGUACGUACAAUGGGCUCGCGACGCAGGUGAGUCCAUACAAACCGACGAUGACUUCUACACCAAUGCCAAAGUGAAGCAGUACUACAAGAACCAUGUCCAGAAGGUGCUAACACGAGUCAACACCAUCACCAAAGUAGCCUACAAAGACGAUCCCACCAUCUUGUCGUGGGAACUAAUGAACGAACCGCGCUGUGAAGUAGAUUACUCCGGCCAAACAGUCACGGCGUGGGUUAAGGAGAUGGCAGCGUACACGAAGUCCAUCGACAGCAAGCACUUGUUGCAGGUAGGAUUCGAGGGUUUCUACGGGAAUUCCACCCCGGACAAGAUCAAGCUCUACAACCCUAAUGGCUACCAGCUUGGCACGGACUUCAUCACCAGCAAUCAAGUCAAUGAGAUCGACUACACCACCAUCCAUGCUUACCCGGAUAUAUGGCUCCAAGGGCAGUCGGAGGAGGCGCGGAAGACGUUCCUGCAGCAGUGGUUUUCGAGCCACUGGAACGACUCCGUGAAGGUCCUCGGCAAGCCACUGGUGUUCGCGGAGUUCGGGAAGUCGAAGACGGCUCCGGGAUACUCGCAGAAGGUCCGCGACGACUUCUUCUCCUACGUCUACGACGUGAUCUACAACGACGCCGAGACCAGCGGCGGGUCCUUCAGCGGCGGGCUAGUGUGGCAGGUCAUGGGCGACGGGAUGGAGUCGUACUACGACGGGUAUGAGGUCGUGCUGUCUCAGGAUUCAACGACGACGGCGGUGAUAAAGAAACAGUCGGACGCCAUGGCGGCGCUCGAGAAAAGGCUGAGCGGCUCUCAUCAUUAA